AUGCGUGGCGUGAACUCUUUCUCACGCACUGCCUCACUUGAUGUGGUGGGUCACGUUGACGGAACCACUGUUCCCAACGGCGACAACGACGGACCUUGGCAAAAGCGUGAUGGUCUCGUCAAGCUCUGGAUCUAUGGAACUCUUACCCCACCUCUGUUCAAAAAGGCGUUUCAGGCUGGAGACACGGCUCGAGACAUCUGGUUGCGUAUCGAGAAUCUGUUUCGCAACAAUAAGGAGGCUCGGGCCAUUCAACUCGACACUGAGCUGCGUACUACAGAAAUCGGAGAUCGAUCUGUCGAAGACUAUUGUCAACGACUCAAGUCCAUCUCCGAUCUCCUCAAGAACGUUGAUGCCCCUGUUCCCGAUCGCAUGUUGGUGACAUACAUGCUGAAUGGGCUCAAUGACAAGUUUGAUAACAUCAUCAAUGUCAUCAAACAUCGUGAACCAUUUCCAACCUUUGAAGUCGCACGCUCGAUGCUUGAAUCGGAGGAAACUCGUCUAAAGAAAUCACACAAAACCGUGGCCUCCCAAACUGAUCAUCCAUCGUCGUCUGCAGCUUUGACCGUGUCAAGUGACCAACCCAAGUUUCAGCGACCUCCUGCUCCGAAAAUCUCCAACCAUCGCGGAAAUAGACGCAACAAUGGAACUCGAUUCCGUGGCCGCCACAAUUUUUCUCCACGACCUACAUAUCCAAACUGGGCCACAAAUCAGUACUGGCCCGGCCCAGUUCCUCAAUGGCAAUAUCAGUUUGGCCCAUGGAACCCAUACCCAUUUCCUAAUGAUACACGCGGGAUUAUGGGCCCUCGUCCAUCUCCUCCACGCUCCUCCUCCGCAAAUGUCGUCGAUCAAGUUUUCCAGCCUACCACUGAUUUUUCCGAAGCUUACAACACCAUGACUCUUCCUGAUCCAUCUGCAACCAAUUGGUUCAUGGAUACAGGCGCCACUACUCAUCUCGCUUCCACUCCAGGCAACUCUCUUAUCACCUCUCAAACUCGUCCCCUUUCUCUUAAUAAUGUCCUUGUCACUCCUCAAAUUGUCAAAAACCUUAUUUCUGUCCGUCGCUUUACCAUUGAUAAUUGGUGUUCUGUUGAGUUUGACCCAUUUGGUUUCUGUGUGAAGGACCUUCAAACCAGGAGAACUCUUCUCCGCAGUGACAGCACCGGCGAUCUAUAUCCUCUUCCAGCCUCAUCUUCCACUUCUCAGUCCACUGCGCUCACUGCCUCCUCUCUGAGUCUUUGGCAUAAGCGUCUUGGACAUCUCAACAAUGAAUCUCUUCGUUCUGUUAUUUCUUUCAAUAAUUUAGCUUGUAAUAAAGACAGCCUACCUCUUUGUACGGCUUGUCAACUUGGAAAACAAAUAAAGCUUCCCUUUUUUCCUUCUCAAACGAUUGUUUCUAAACCUUUUGAGUUAAUCCACUCUGAUGUUUGGACCUCCCCUGUUUCCAGCAUCAGUGGUCUUCGUUAUUAUGUUCUGUUUCUUGAUCAUUAUACACACUUUCUCUGGGUUUAUCCCCUUCGUCGCAAAAGCGAAGUCUUCUCAAAAUUUCUCCAUUUUUACUCUCAUAUCCAAACACAGUUCAACUCUCCCAUAAAAGCUUUUCAGUGUGAUAAUGGAGGUGAAUAUAAUAACACCGACUUUCACAAAUUCUUCGACACCAAUGGCAUUCAAGUGCGUUUCUCUUGCCCUCACACCUCCCAACAAAACGGGAAAUCUGAGAGGAUGAUCCGCACAAUCAACAAUUCAAUUCGUUCCUUGCUAUUUCAAGCUAAACUCUCGCCAGCAUAUUGGGUCGAAGCUCUUCAUGUCGCUGUCCAUCUCAUAAAUAUUCUUCCUUCCUCUGCUAUCCAAAAUCAGGUUCCUUAUACUCUUUUGUUUCAGAAACCACCCACUUACGAUCAUCUCAAAGUGUUUGGGUGUCUUUGUUUUCCUAAUCUCAAUCACUCUAACCUUCAUAAGUUAUCUCCACGAACAACUCCUUGUCUCUUUCUAGGAUAUCCCUCUCAACACCGAGGCUAUAGAUGUUUGGAUCUUAAGACCAACAGAAUCAUCAUCUCUCGCCAUGUAGCGUUUGAUGAGUCGAUCUUUCCGGCUGCUGUCACUGUACAUGAUCCUCCUUCUCUCUACCAAUUUCUCAAUGGUUAUGAGGAACCGUCGCCAAUGUUACACUCUCUCCUUCAAACUCCACUUCCCCAAACACCACCACAACCACCAAACGUUCCCGCUCCUCCACCACCACCAAACGUUGCCGCUCCUCCACAACCACCUGUUAUUCCCGCUCCUUCUCAACCAACACACCAAAUGGCCACUCGCAGUAAACACGGCAUACGUAAGCCACGCUCCCUUAUGUCUCUCCUUGUUACUUCCAAACACUCUGUUUCUCCUCUUCCUUUGAGUUAUAAACAAGCUCUUUCUGAUCCAAACUGGAACCCAGCAGCAACAGAAGAGUUUAAUGCUUUGCUUAAGAGUAAGACUUGGGACCUUGUUCCCCGACCUCAUGGGGUAAACAUUAUUAAAUCAAUGUGGCUUUUCAAACAUAAGUUUAAUGCAGAUGGCGCUUUUGCUCGAUAUAAGGCUCGAUUGGUGGCAAAUGGAAAAUCACAGGAAGCUGGUGUGGACUUUGAUGAAACGUUUAGCCCGGUUUUCAAACCAGCAACAAUACGAUCUGUUCUUCAUGUCAGUCUUGCUCGCGAUUGGCCGAUUCAUCAACUUGAUGUACAAAACGCGUUCCUUCAUGGCGACUUAGAAGAGACGAUCUAUAUGUUCCAGCCACCAGGGUUUGCAGAUCCUAAAGCUCCGGAUCACGUCUGCAAACUCAAACGCUCUUUAUAUGGGCUCAAACAAGCUCCAAGGGCAUGGAAUUCACGAUUUGCUCGUUUUAUGACUAACAUUGGCUUUGUUGCAAGCAAGAGCGAUGCUUCUUUGUUUAUCUACAGGAAAGGUGAUCAACAAGCUUACCUUCUCCUCUAUGUAGAUGACAUCGUCCUCACUGCCUCAACGAAAGAGCUUCUGCAACACAUCAUCAAACUCCUCAAAACAGAGUUUCCGAUGACAGAUAUGGGCCGCUUACACUAUUUUUUAGGCAUCAAGGCAGAAUUCAAAAAUGGAGGGAUAUUUUUAAGUCAAUCAGCUUAUGCCUUAGACAUCAUCGAACGUGCAGGAAUGAAGAAUUGCAAACCAUGUGCAACGCCUGUCGACCUGAAGUCUAAACUCUCUGCUAAUUCUGGUGAUCGGAUCGACAAUCCAACUGCAUAUCGAUCCUUGGCUGGGGCACUUCAAUAUCUCACAUUUACGAGACCCGACAUAUCGUAUGCCGUCAAUCAGAUAUGUUUGUUCAUGCAUGAUCCACGAGAGCAACAUCUACAAGCUUUGAAACGCAUCCUAAGGUACGUGCAAGGCACUCACACUCAUGGUUUACAUCUUCAGAAAGGUUCAAUCAACGACAUCACUGCAUAUAGCGAUGCUGAUUGGGCUGGCUGUCCUGAUACUCGCCGAUCUAGCUCUGGCUACUGUCUCUAUCUCGGUCCGAAUCUCGUCUCGUGGAGCUCAAAACGCCAACCGACUGUCUCUCGCUCAAGCGCUGAAGCAGAAUACAAAGGAGUAGCCAAUGCUGUCGCUGAAGCUUGCUGGCUACGAAAUCUUCUUCUUGAACUCCACUGUCCGAUCACCAAAGCUUCUGUGAUCUAUUGUGAUAACAUCAGUGCUGUAUAUCUCUCCAGCAAUCCUGUCAAGCAUCAACGAACAAAGCACAUCGAAAUAGACAUUCACUUUGUCCGAGAAAAGGUGAAAAUAGGACAAGUCAAAGUCUUUCAUGUUCCUUCCUCUUUGCAGUUUGCUGAUAUUUUCACCAAAGGAUUACCGACCAUGCUGUUCAACGACUUCAGAGACAGUUUAACCGUCCGGAAUCCUAACGUUUUAACUGCGGGAGGGUGA